AUGGAAAACGCAGAUAAUAGUUCCAGCGAUCAAUCGUCAUCAUUAGACAAUUUUAUUGAACAAUUGUAUUUGAUACAAUUCUGUAUCUUUAUUAUAUUAGUUAUUCCAUCAAUAAUUUGUUCAUUCUUUGCUUUAUAUUAUCUUCUUUCCGAUCGAAUACUUCGUCAAUUACUCAAUAAUCAUAUUAUAAUUAUUCUUCUCAUUCUUACUCUUCUUAUUCAAUGUACUGAUAUUCCUUUACAAAUGCAUUAUUUUCGUACUUUUAAAUCAUUUUCAUCAUCGUUAACACUUCGUUUUUUUUGGUUAUAUAUUGAUUGGACAUUAUUUGUUCUUCAUUCAAUGUUAUACACUUGGACAACAAUCGAAAGACAUAUUCUUAUUUUUCAUAGUCAUUUAUUUGGAACUAAGAUGGAACGAAUUUGUCUUCAUUAUUUUCCUCCAUUUAUUAUAACUAUUUAUUGUUGUUUAUUCUAUAUAGUAGUAUUUUUUGUCGUGCAAUGUAACAAUGGAUACGGCGAUCCAAGUCAAACAAUAAUUUAUCCAUGUGCAUUUGAAAAUGAGAAACUUGCUUUAUAUGAUAAUAUUGUUCAUUCAAUAUUUCCAACACUUUCUAUUGUUAUUUUUAGUUUUGCUUUAUUGUUUCGUAUUCUAUGGCAAAAAUAUCAUAUUCAUGGACACAUCAAUUGGCGUCAAAAUCGAAAAAUGACAAUUCAAGUGUUAUCAAUCUCAUUUAUUUAUCUUAUUUUAACAUUUCCUUAUUUCUUUGUGGAUUUUCUUCAAUUCUGUGGAAUCCCAUCAUAUAUUGGAGCAUCAUUUACAAAAGUAGCAGUCAAUGGGAUUUAUUAUAUGAUGUUUUUAUUCCCGAUAGUCUCGAUUGGAGCAUUACCAGAGCUGAGAGGAAAAAUGAAAAAAAUAUUGCAACUACCAUGUCAACAGCGUAUUAUUGCUCCUAUAAACACCGUCGCGAUACGAAUAUAG